GAAAGUGUAUGGAGAGGUCAAGGCUGAAGAAAUAUCGGAACACAUGCGCAUCAGAGAAAAGUAACAUUGUCGGGAGUGAAAGACUGCAGAAGAUAGCAAGCAGACACCUGGCUUUGGUUCCAGCUCAGCGUUUCACUCGUACCUGACAACAAGAGCUAAAAAACAUACUCUCUGCACUUCGAAAAUAGUCAAUGGAAUUGCAUGGAAGCCAGGGACUAGAAAGAAUCUGACAGCAUUUCUGUGUGUAAAAGAGCGCUUGGAAAUCCAGAACAAUGAAGGACCGACUGGAGGAGCUGCAGAAGACAAUAGAUGCCCAAGAGGAAAACAAGGAUGACAACAACCCCUUCACGGAUGAGGAGGAGGAGGAUGAUGUGCCCAUCACUUCAGAGGCAGUGAUCUUUGAGAAGGAGCCAAUGCUGGAAAACUUCCUCCGAGAGGCACAACACAUCCGAGAGGACAUUUACCACCUGGAGGCGGAGGUCAACAAGUUCAGCCAGGAGCAGAAGACCCUGACUGCUGCUAUGCGGAGCUUCAGCAUGACGAAAAAGGAGAACAGUGUCACUUUGGACAUCAAACUGCAGGCAGAGAGUAUCUACAAGCAGCUGGACACCCUGCUCAAGCAAGUGAAGCAAACAGAAGCGAAGAGCAACCCGUCGUGCACUGCAACCCGCAUCCAGUGUUCCCAGCAUGCCAUGCUCCUUCGCCACUUCCAGAAAGUCACGUGUCAAUACAACGAGACUCUAAUGAGCAGGCAAGAAAAGUGCAAGAAAUUCAUCAUCCGUCAACUAGAGAUAUCCGGGCAGGAAACGUCAGAGGAGGAAGUGGACAAGAUGGUGGAGCAGGGCAGGUGGAAGGUUUUCAGCGAGAACUUCCUGGAUGAGGCUAAGGUUACCCGUACACAGAUCUUUGAAAUAGAGAGGCGCCACAAGGAGCUCAUUCGCCUAGAGAGCAGCAUGAAGGACCUGCAUGACCUCUUCAUGGAAAUAUCCCUGUUGGUGCAGGAGCAGGGGGAACACAUCGAGAACAUCCAGGCCCAAGUGGAGAAGACACAAAACUUCACGGCGAGCAUCAAGGAGAAUAUCAAAAAAGCAGCUAGGUACAAAAAGGAGAACCCCUUCAAGAGAAUAUGCUGCUUCUGUUGUCGAAUUUGUGCAAACUGAGCUCAGCCAAUCGCAUGCGAAGGCUUCAGUGUUUUUGGGUUCACUGCAGCAGCAAUGCAGUAGUUAAGACAACACAACUUGCGCAUAAUGACUGCCCCCCCAACACCAAAGAGCACACAAAGGACCUGCAUUCCAUCUGGCUAAAAUAAGGGCCAAGGGCACGAUGAACUUUAACAGCACAUCGCAUCAGCAAGAUGACUGAUGUGGGCCGGGAACCCUGUGGGGUGCCAAACGUUCUCACCUGUUACAUGAAACUAUGGACAUUUUUAAACAUGAAA